UAUGGAACAAGUACCCGCAAAAGCAAAAUCAUAUGUGAUUUAUACACUGUCAGGACGAUACAAUUGUAUAAAUACUUACAUUAAUUUUGAACAUAUUUUCAUAACAAAAGUCAUUAUUUCAUCACAUUUGUAGAAUAAAAAGCAAGCGAAGUUAGAAUUUCAUGCACGAAUAAAAAAUUUUAUAGAGUAAUAAAAUACAAAAAAUAAAUGCGUAGAAAAAUUUUCUGCCGGUAGAAGAACAAUCACUCUGUAAUCUUUUUAUCCAUGCGUCAAGCCUUCAACCCUUGCACUAACUUCUACUCUGGAUAUCUCUAAUUAAAUACGUUGAUUUCACCAGCAAUAAUUUUAUCCCGUUGACGUGCUACUAAAAGUGAGAACUUAGUGAAAGCGAUUGAUCAUUUUCUCCAAAUCACGGUGACUUAUAAAUCAACUUUUAUUACUCUGCACUACUCAGUCAUAUCCACACCACUGUUUUUGUCGUAGUAAAAAAAAAACAAAUCAAAAAAAAAAAUUGUUCCAAAUUUGAGAAAAGGAACUGCUUAUUAUCACUAUUACUAGUAAUUCUUAUAUAUACUCGUACCCGACUCUGCCAAGAUCGUGUCUAUGAAACUAAAAGCCUCCUCUUCUAGCCUGCACCAUCUAUCUUUCUACUCACCAGCAGUAAGCGAUGGCCACACUAGUUGCCGGACUGCCGCAGUACGUGGUCCUCAAAUCAAAGAGACUCAACAUCUACAUGCACUACAUGUGGAACGACGACGAGUUCGGUGACUUCUACGAGUUCAUCGGCACCAAACGGGCCUUGGAUCCGGUGAACCCGUUCGUCAAGCUCGAAGUCGUCCCUUCCACCACCAACCCGUCCUUCGUCCACCUCCGCUGCUCUUACAACAACAAGUUCUUCCGUCUUGUCCAAAGAAAAGCUCGGCCCCCCCGAGCCUCAAAUCCUGGCUCCGCCCCUGCCAACGAGGACACCUCCGUGGUCGGCGAGUGCACGCUCUUCGAGCCGGUCUUCCCUUCCGACCAGCCCGACACCGUGUGGUUCCGCUACGUGGCGAACCAGUGCCGUCUCUUCUGGUUCAACAACCCGGACUUUCCGGACGAGUACGGGCUGUCCAUCGUCUACUCCCAAGAGGAGCGCUUCACCACGUACUACGACUACGCGCCGUGGGAGUCGUACGAGGACAAGAUGUGGGCGCAAGACGCGGUGAUUCAGGCGCGUGACGUGGAGGUCCGGAGGCUGGCUGCCGAGGUGGCUGCCAACGGAGAGGAGAUAAAGACGCUGCGAGGCCAGCUGGCGGACAGGGACGGCGAGAUCGUGAAGCUGAAGGGCCAGGUGGCGUCUUGGGAGGCGUACGUGGAGAAGAGGAAGGUUAAACUGGAGGACGGGAUGGUGACUCUGCAGUCCGCCGUGGCGGCGGCGUGGGAGGCGUUCCAGGACAACGUCAGCGCCGGGAUUGGGAAGAUUAAAGGUGGUCUUGGAAGGUUCGGUAAGGUACUUAAACUGCGAAAGGUACAUCAUGGUGAUGACCGUAUGUUACGUACCAUAUGAGUGCUUAAAAUUACCGACCGCGCGCCUGUGAAAUUAGUGUCGGUACGGGUAUAUCACUGAGGAAGGGACGAUUGUGAAAUUAGUACAGGGUUUCUAUUAAAAAAUGUCUGUGUAAUUUUGGUUUCCUACAAUAAAAAUUUGUGUGUAUGUAGGGCCUGCCUCGCCAGUAAGUUGGUGAGAAGAAUAAUUAGGGGUCAUUUGGAUGCGAAAAUUUAAUGCCGUAAUUGGACCCAAAUUCCACAUAUUGCAGUAAUUGGAACCAAAUUCCAUGUUUGGCUGGACAUGGAGCAUGCGGAAAUUGACCCGCCGGAAUUGGGAACAAAUACUACGAUCGCCGGUUUUGGAAAUACAACUCCCACCCAUGUAUUUGUCAAUUCCCACGUUAUUGGGUUUUUCCUUCCCAAUCUAACCCUGGCCACACGAGAACCUUCUUCCACUUAUCUCUCCCUCUUCUUCGUGCUCUCAUACUGCCGCCAUCAAAACCUUAUUUCCUUUCUCCAUCUUUUGUUCCUCUUUCUAUUAUUCAUCUCCCAAUACUGCAAUCAAAUCGAAAUGAGGUCCAAGAAAAGAAGAACGAUGGAGGCCAUGUGUUGUGCAUAUCUAUUAUGUAUUUUAUUAAUUCAAUAAUGAUUGGUUUUUACAAUUUGAGGAUUGAAUACGAGAAUUAGUGAUUUCCCUAUUUGCUAUAUGUGUGUUAGUUAUAUGCAACUAUGUAAAGGUCAUUUUAAUUGCAAAUUCACAUAGAAAGGGGUAAAUUGGUAUUUUAACCAAAUACCACACCAUCAAUUUCAACAUUCUUUGACCCAUCCCAAACAUGGAAUUUCGGACAAUUUCCACUUGACAAUUACUAGGUUUCUAUAAUGUGGAAAUUAAGGUUAAUUCCCACGCUUUUAGAUUUCCACAUCCAAACGACCUCUAAAGACAAUUUGCUUGAGAGAUCGAUGGAUACUGAUAAGGCAUUCAUGUAAUACUAAAAUUCAGAGUUAAAAAAAAAAGGUGCGUUUAACCAUGAUUAGGCGAGACGACGAGUACUCUGGAACAUUUUGUUUGAGAUUUUUAUAGCAAGUUAGACAUCCUAUAUGUGAUGGCGAAGUAAGAGGACACUUAUACAUAAUUAGGUUGAUAUCUAAUUUUUUUAUCUCAAUCUUUUCAAUAACUCAACAAGUUUACAAGCUAUUGAAAUAUGAUUCUAUAAAAUUGUGAACUAUGAUUCAAUGCAUUGGUGAUCAAUUAAUACAAUGCAUUAAUUAGUCACAUGCAAUAGAGAACGGAAGAAAAUAAAUAAUUGAAUUUAUUCAUCAAAUCCAAAAAUAGUUGCAUCCUAAUCGUGUUUCCCCGAAAUUGUGUUUUAAUUACAUUUAAAAGUAUAUCCCAUUAUCAAAGAAUUGACAAGCAAGGGGAGUUUUUUCUCUCGUUUAGUGAGAGACUCGGAUCUAGGGUUCCGGUGAUUCUUUUACACUCUCUUUGGGAAGAGGUGCAAAUGGAGGGAGGUGCAUAUUAGCUGGGGUAAAUGCAAUUCCCAAGACAAAUGCACCUAUUUGGUUAAAAUGAAACAAUAGUAGGGGUGUGUUAAUGAGGUGCAUUUCUACUGUUCUAGUUGCCCCCCCCCCCCCCCCCCCCCCCCCAAAUCCGGGUGCAAAGGAGAAGAACAAACUGCUGGCAGAGAGGAGAGUGGAUGGUGGGGCCAGAAAAGAGAGAGGGAGGGAAGAAACGUGUGAGAAAAGAGAGAGGGAAGGGGUGGUGGGGUCAGGGAAGAAUGGGAAAAGAAGGAAGAGGGAAGAUGGGGUGGGGUAGAGUAGGGUUAUUUUUUGUUUUUUUAAUAUUAAUAAUUACUAUUAUAUUAAAAAGUUAAAUUUUAA